UUUAAAUAUUUAUAAAGUUAUUUGCAUCUUGAUUUAUAAUCUAACUUUGAUAUAACCCAGAGAUAAAUAAAUUAAAAAACAUAACCUAAUUUUAUAUUGUACAUUCUGUACUGCGAAAAUUAUUUAAUUUUUGAACUAUACUCCAAAAAGAAUUUGAUAUUAUUUAGCAUUCGUUAAAAUGGCUGAAGAAAAAGCCAUUAUUUAUUUAGAUUUCGGUGGUAAAUUAACAAGCGACACGUUCGAUAAAGACGUUUUUAUCCGUAUAGCCAAUCUUCACAAAAAGAAUCCUCUUGUUCAAGUAAACGAUGGAGUUUAUAAAGGUACAUACGACUACGCUUUAGGCACAAAUCUAUUUUUCGAAGCGAAUAAAGAGAACCCCAAACAAAACGAUAUAUUCAUUAAAAGAAGUCAGAUUCAAUAUGAAAACACCUACACUACAGCUAAAAUCAUCGAUUUGCAACCAGUAAAGGUACCGCCACGAAAAGUACAAGUCUCAUCCGAUAAAAAGCUCGAAUUUAAUUUAAAUUGGGAUUACAGAAGGUUGCUAGAGAAGUUUUCUGAUGGCACAUUAAAAUUACAAGAUAUUUUAAAAGAUGGUAGAAAACUUGACGAAACUGAUGAAUCAGAAGAUGGGGAAGAAGACGAAAAAAUGAUUUCUUUAGAAGAAAAUGAUAAUCAAACUAAUGGGAAAAUUGAUGAAAACAUUUCAGAUGCAUUGGAGGACGAAGGUAGGUGUUCUAUGGAUGAAGCAACAAAUGUGCCUAUGGAUAUACUCGAGGACUAUCAGAAACUUAGACAGCUGGCUUUUAGGCCAGUAAAAAUGCCUGCGAAGCAAGAAAAGUUGCAAGAAUGCGAUCCUAAAUACCGUGGGGCAUAUGAGUAUCAUAAUCUUGAACGUCAGAUUUUGCAACCAUGUGACUACUUCCGCACCGAACCCGUUGAUGAUAUUAACGAAGAAACCCUGUCAAAUUGCGUAGACAUUGAUAGAUGUAUUCUUUACGGAUUGAUAGAUAAAUCUGUAGUAAAUCGGAAGAUACUUACGAAAGAAGAAAAGCAAACGUUAUUAAGCUUGGAUAACUUCGAUAAUUUGUCUUUGGCCGGCAGAUAUUACGUGUUAAAAAACCACGUUGACGAUUUGGAAGAUUAUUUGAAGAAUAGGACUGAAGAUGAACUUAGCAGUAGAGAUGCUUAUGGUAGAACGCCGGUUGAAACUUUGGAGGUUUAUAGACGGUUAAGUGAAGCUGUUAAGAAGAGAAUUGAAGAGAUUAAAUAUAGUACAUUAGAUGAUCAUAAAGAUAACAGUAAAGAACGGAAAAUAGAUUGUAUAGAGAACGAUUGAUUGAUUUGUAUAUUUGGGUUAUAAUCGUUAAAAAUUACAUAAGUAGGUUUUGUAUAAAACUGCUUAAAUCUAUUUACAGAUAAAUAAAAUAUAUUUAUAGUCACUAAUUUUUUUCUUAAUUAUAUCUUAGAGCCGAAAUUCAACUGUUCUUAUCCAGGAAAUAAAGUUUCAACCUCUGCUCUACUUAAACGUAAUAGAUUCUAAAUUUGGAAAACAUUUCGUUAGCAACUACUAUCCUUUAAGCAGUUCCCCUGUAUUGGUCCAAAAGUAUUUGUCUUGAGGCAAGCACCCUUCGUCUGGGAGUACCAUUCGGAUUAUUUGUUCAACCAGUCUGAAAACCAAAGCGCCAUCUACGCUAAUUUCACACACUAACUAAUGUUAAACCGAUCAAUAACUCAGAUUCGACGUUCUGUCUCCUGAUCGUAGUACUUGGAUAUUUUAUUUUCCCCUCGGUGGGCCCAGCGAGGCGUUUAGAAUACCGUUUAAUUUAUUUUUGAAUUAUUUAAUGACUAUUAUAUAGGGGGGUACCGUU